CUCCAUGGGUGAUGACCAAUGAUAGAUUGAUAGGUGAUGUCGAUGAAUGCCAAGUACUUUAAAAUUAACGUACGCAUCAUAAGAUUACGAGAAGCAGUAUCUUUUUAACGGGGUCCAGUUCAUACAAUUAUCCAGUUUGUUGGACUCGUGCCUCAUCAGUGGCAAUGUAAAUACAUGUCAUGCACCAAUUGUGUACUUCACAUGUACUGCAGGUAAGUCGUGGGUCAUGCCUUCAUAGACUUAACGUCAUCAUUGCUCAGUAUAUAAACUUAUGUAGUUCAUAUAAACUAUACCUGAAAAUGACUAGAAGGGGGGCCUAGGAGCACUUUGGCGUUUCGAGCGAAAGCAUUAAUUAGUAUGUCAUUCACAACCUUCUGUGUCUUCUGUGAUGACGUUCAGAGUCCAGCUUAUCAGUUACGUAAUCGGCAUAAACUUUCUGUCAUUUUCUAUAAAUCUUUCGUGUUUUGCUAGUAUCAUUGUAUUAACAGCUGAGACUGAAUCUAGUCAAUUAUAUGAAUUGCAAAAAUUGCAUGUGUAAAGGACCUAUACGAUGUGUGAUGCAUCACCGAAGUUCCAUUCAGAUUAAUCUGUUGGGAUUAGAUUUAUAGAAUCUGGAUUAGGAUUUGCUUAAUCAAAGCUGAAGAUAUUGUUGGUACAAUCUUGAAUUGGAAAAUUUAAAUGUUUGCACAUGCAAAUUUACCGAGUGAUGAAAACGCGUGAAACUCAUGUUUUUUACCAUCUGGCAUCUGAUUAAAAAAUUGUCUCGUCUCAAGCCAAAAUAGUUUGAUAAUUGAUGUAUGUAUAUAUUCAAAUUAAAGAUUGAUAAUGAUAUAAAAACACGAUGAAAGACGGUAUGGGGACUCACUAAUAUCUGGGAUGAUUGACACGGCAUAAAAUCUGCAAUGCUAGCAAUGCUGAUCAAAUACACACACAUUUUGUUUCUAAAAUCAGUUUUUUUAGAUCAUAUUAGAUAUUUACACAUAAGAUAGAGUCAUCUUAUAUUCAUAAUAAUUUAAUUAGAAUAAAAUCUUUUCAGUAUAUUUACAUAUAAAGGGAAAAAAUGUGUGUAUUUCGUUAUGCUAUAUAUUAUAAGAUAAUUUUAUAGCUUUUAUGUGUUUUAUAAUUUUCUGACUUUUAUUAUUUGUUUGCAUGUGUGCGCGUACAGAACAUGUGUGUAAUUUUAUAGAUGGCCAAAUAAUCUUCUCUACAUACGCGUGUUCUGAACCUGUGAAAAAUAGAGAAAUAAGAUCAGAGAUUUGAAGAUCCAUUAGAGGUGUGCAAAUCCGAUCGGAUUCGUUCGGAUUUCGGAACAAAAAUAUACAUUUCAGAUCGGAUCGGAUUGAUAAAGUUGUUUCGUAGUCGGAUCGGAUCGGACUUCGAUAUUCGAAAUAAACUUAUCUUAUGAAUUAAUUAUCCACGCAUUAUUGCAAGAAUUAAUUAUCCAUGCAUUUAUCAAAGCAUUAUUGCGGUUGUCGCUGCAGUUCGUUUGAUACUUCAAUUGGACGUCACUUUGUCAGCUUUUUGACAUGUAUUUUUUGUUUUUAUAUUUAUUUGGUUAAAACAUUUCAACUUGAAUGAGAAAUUUAUUUUGUUAAAGGAUUCUUCGGAUCGGAUUGGAAUUCUUUAUCACAACUCGGAUCGGAUUCGGAUUAGACAAUUUCGGAUCGGAUCGGAUUUUAAACAUUAGCCAAUUGUUGGGUUAUAAACGUCCAAUCCGAUCCGAUGCACACCUCUAAGAUCUAUAUUCUUCAAUGUUUAGCCUGAAUGGUUUAGGAUAAGCAGCCAAUGACACAGAAAACUAUAACUACAUUUAUGAUUUUUUUUCUGUGUUGGUGUUGUGUACUCAGGUGAAUAUGAUGCUUGUGAUGUUACUCUGGGUGUAUAUCCACACCGAGCGAGCUUGAAAAAUAUGCAUUAUUAUAUUUAUGAUUAUGAAGUGCACAUGACAUAACUGGAAACUGUUCCUAAAUAUAUAUAUAUAUAUAUUGUAUUUUACAAAUUAUAGUGUGAAGCUUGUGAUUAGGUGGAAAUAUUAGAACAGUUCAUUAGUUAUAGCAUCUUACUUCUGAAGUCUCGCUUCUUAAUUUUUCUUGAAAUUCCUCCAAUUUUAUGUUUGCUUUUCUCAAAGUUUCUCGCAUUAUGGCGUCUUCAACCUAUCAAAAAAGAAAUUCAUUUUCGUUGUUAUGUUUAUCGUCAUACGAAUCUACUUGAAACUAUUAAACAUGGUUUCUUUUCAUGCUGAAGAAUAAUAUUCAUUAGUGCCAUCUAGUGACAAUCUAGUAAUCCGAUUGUUCCAAUAUUAUAUAAUACUUUUGUUUGUGGAAACACCACGUGAAUUUAUUUUUUCCAAUGUUGUCUCUUCAUUGUUUUGAAGUUCUUAAUGUUCUCCAUGCCAUUCACACAUUCACUGUUAUGACGUUAAAACAAGGGAACUAAUCAGGACAGUCCUGCAGCUGCAUUUAACUCUCUGCCAGAUUGUUUGCGAAAUUGCAAAGAUUUCAACAUUUUUAGAACAAGUGUGAAAGUCCAUCUUACAGACUUUGCCCACGAGAGGCUCGGGCCGGGGUAUAAAUGACUAUGUUUUGUUACAUCUGUUUUGUGAAAUUUGUACUGUGACUGGUUAAUGUACUGUAUAGAUUUAUUAACUCUUCACAGCUACACAUUGUAAAUAUAGCUAGAACUUGUUAAUGUAGAAUUUAGUUAAUUUAGUGAUAGAAGAGCCAUUUCAAUUUGGAAUCGCUAAUAAAUCACUAUUAUCAUUAUUUUUAUUAUUAUUGAGAAAGGACCUUAGCUGUGUCUUCGUCAAACAUCAGAUAUCCAACUCCAUCUAAUUUUAUUAUAUUUAACCAGCCAACAAAUAUAACACAAACACCAUUCAUUAUGAAAAGGCUUCGUAGAAAGACCUAUAUGACGAGUGAAAGAAGAUAUUAGUAUCUGGGACGAGUGAAAGAUGAUAUUAGUAUCUGGGACAAGUGAUGGGGAGGACACGCCCUUCGCUAGUAACCCCUUUCGGAACGUCGCUUUUUAUGAAGCAGCAUUCUUGUGACAGUUUCUGCCAGUACAUCUAAUUGUAGAUUAGGUAUAAAAGAGAAAUGGUAUACCUUAUCUUUCUCUUUGUAAAAGUCAACAUUCUCUGGAGGAACAGUCUGUGAGUCAGCUUGCUUUGGAAACAGCAGUUCUAUGUUCACUCCUACGACCGUGAAUGCCUUGAACAAUAAGGGAAAACCCACCAAUUUAGUAAUAUGAUUGACACUAUUGCAUGAGAAUGAGAUCCUAUCAGUGAAUUAGUUGAACAACUUGUUAUUGAACGUCUUCUAUUUUCUAAUUACAUGUAAUUGUGAGUGCAUGGUUGCACAUGUGCAUGAGGUUUAAAAUCUGUACAAUAAUAUGUUUCAAUAAAACAAUUUUCACAUGCUCUUUAUAGGAAGUACAUUAACUAAACAUAUAUAUGUUAACCAUAAACAGUUAUUAGAAACAGCACUGGAUAAAUUUAGGACAUAAAAAGGAUACAAAUAUACUAGCUGUUGUGAUGUCAUUUCUUUAACAUUGUGAGUGCAUGGCUUUAUUAUGCAUUGUUUAAAAAUCACUCUGAAAAUCACUCCCCUGGAGAAUGCUAUCAUAGAAGGAUAUGAAAUGGAGAGAGGUGUGAGACCAAAUUGGGUGUACAGUAAACAGCUAGUGCAAGUACUUACAAUAGAAGUAUUUCCCUCUCUGCAUUCCGUUUGAAAACGAAGUUGACGUUCUUCUAACGGCCUGUCUCUGUAACCUACGUAUUUUAUCUGCAAGCAGGCACAAAAAUCAAGUGUAAAUAAACUCUAUUUUAACCAGUUUUUCUAAUCAUAUUUAGCCAAUCUCAAUUAGGUCAUGAAAACAAAAUAAACCUUUAGAGAGGUUACUAUAUAUAGUAUACUGAACAAAAUGUAUCCAAGCACACAACUAGAUAACUUAUAAGCUACAAACUUAUAUUCUUUAUUUGCAUUUACCAAGCUUGCCAAAAUGCACCAUUAAUAAAAUAUUUUUAUUCAAAUCAAAUAUAUCUUUCAUACUGAAAUUUUCAUUGCAAUUAUUUGGUAUAUCUUUAUAUUGUAUUAUCUAAUAUCUAUCUUCAUACAUAUUAUAUUUGCAGUCAAUAAAAAAAUGCUGUUCUUCUGUUAUAAUAUAAAUAAUUUUCUGGUUGGAAUAGGGCAAGCCCAAGGGCUGCAAAGUACAUGGUCAUCAGUGGACUUCAAUCAAUGGGAUGCUAUUCUAAAAUUAGAAAAUAACAGUUCUAUCUAACAGUUGUCUUCAAGCUUAAAAUCAAUGAACUCUCUUCUCUCAUGCAGUUGCUAUAUAUUUGGUAAUCAUAUGCAAAACCAUCAAUUGAAACAGAAUGCCUUUUCAUUGACAUUUGUUUUAAUAAUAAUAAUGGUAAACUAUUUGCUUUAUCUUUACAGUAUUAUUUCACAUCAAAUCUAUGUAUUAUAUGUACCAUCAGUAUGAAAGAACUAUUGCUGUUCUUGGUGUUGUAAUAUGCAAAGUUUUAUAGGUAUAACUUGGUCACAAUGCAUGAGUGCUAAUUUAGAACUAGAAAAUAAUAGAUAUAUUAAAGUAUAACACUAUAAUACUACAGCAGUUUCCUUUAAAGUUAAAAUCAGUACUCUCUAUAUUAUUAUUUUGCAUCUGCAAGGUCAUCAGUUGGAACAGAGUGCCACUUCUUUGAGAUUUUUUAAUAGUAAUAGUUGGUUGCCUAGCUUGAUUUGGUUGCCUAGAUUUCGUUGCCUAGAUUGUUGAUUUGGUUGUCUAGCUUGAUAAGCCCUUAUGGUUUUUCUAGGUUUUUACCAAUAUAACCAACCUAGUCAAUCCACAAAAAAAAACUAUUGUCAAAAUCUAUUAUGGUUAGAAUAAGAAUUGUUGUUGUUGUUGUUGUUUUUGUUUUUGUUGCUUUAUCUAUCCAGUAAUUUCGUAUCAAAUAUACGUGCUAUCAAUGUGAAAGAACUUGCUGUGCUUGUUGUUGUAAUCAAAUACAACGUUUUAUAGUUGAAAUAAGUCAAACCCAACUGCUGCAAGCUAUAGGUAGAUGGUCAUGGUCUUCAAUCAAUGAACAUACUUAUAAUUUCAUGGAAUUUUUACACUGCACUUGACUAGUGGUACCCCAACUCAAUAUAUAAAAUAAUAAGCCAAGGUGAAUACCAUGCAAACUCCAAGGAGGGACUUUAAACUUGAAGUUUAGGGCUCUCUAGAGCUCUAUAGGACAUUUAGAGAUGUCAAAUAAUUUCGAAAGUUUUAGUGGACUCUGAUUAAUCGUUAAGAAAUUCACACAACAAAUCUCAUCAUGCAUAUUUUACUGUCUAUCAUUGACUGGAAUGCCUCUUCCUUGACAUUUUUUAAUAAUGCAUGUUAUAUUCAUCCCUGUUUCCUGAGUUCCUUUUUCCUGGGCAAAUAUAUACUUCAAUACAUCUGCAGUGUGUGUUCUCAUGGGUGUAUAGGGAACGUUAUCGGCUGGGGUGUACUUUUUAGCCCCGUGGAUGUUAUGACUAUUUUUCCUGGCCAUCCCAUUUCCAUAUGAAUGUUCAGGUUUAAAACACGCGAUCGUUAGUAUUGGAGAGUCAUAAGAAACAAUCUUUAUAUAUUAUAUUUAAACCGUAUGUAGUUAUUUGAAAUUGAUGUCUGUGUGUAAUGCAGUAACACACAUGUUUGCCUGCAACGUGCAAACUGUUGAAAUCCACAACCUGUGAUAUUAAUUAGAGAAUAAACGCGUUCUGAUAACGGAACUACAUUUAUCUUUCAUUUGCAGAACUUGUAAUCAUGCAUUGUUGCUACGUGUUAUUAUUUAUUUGAAUGCAGGGUUUCUGCAGUUUUGUCUCGCAACUCAACUGUAGAAAUUCUAUAGCCUUCAAUGGUAAUGGCGCCAUUAUCGUUAGAGCCGAACAUGACUGAUUGUCAUAUUUGAAUAAGGCAACAAAUGUAGGAUUUACUGAAUCUCAAACCGUUCAGGUCUUUCAGUUUGAGGAAAUACAGGAUAGUUGGGUUAAAUGAAAAUGCUUUUCCUAAUACUGACAUGAAUCAUUGAGAUUUUUCUUUGUAGCCUAUAUAUCAUUAAUUUAUAUAACCAGUAUAAUGCAGUGAUGUCUGCUCGAACUUAAAAAUUUACUCAAAAUUCUCUAAUUAAUCCUAAAGAGCUUCUUGACAGGCGUUAUUUACCUGCUGUGCAUGUAUGCAUGCUGAAAAAUCAGUUAACGGUUGAAAUUUUACAAGUAGACUUGUUGAAAAGCCAGUUUCCCUCACUUCGCCAUUCUUGAUUCGCUCGAGGACAAGUGUUUGUAUACAAUUUUCCAAUAACACUUAAACCGAUGCAUGUACAUCGUCAUCGUUGCAACAUGCACACACAAGAUGCAGAAUGCAGACGUGGGAAUAACGAAAUCAGCUGUAAAUGUCUCCAAUUGUGUCAGACUAUCCAAGUUGGUGUUAACAGUGAACAAAGGGAUUUAAACAAUAAUAUAAUAUUUCUUGCAUGUAGCCUUCACACGACAACAUACUGCAGUUUAGACAGCAGCACUUUAAUAAUGCGGAAUGUACACACAUAUCUGUGAUAUGGACAUCUCUAUUUGCUAGUGGCAUCACUGCAUGGCAUGGGAAGAGAUUUACGGGGGAAUUCCAUGGAAACUAUACAUGAUAAAAUAGGGAAGUAAAUCAAAACUAUUACAACAGUCAAUAAGUUAGCUUGACCCAACUAUGAACUUCGAGCUAGAGAGAUUAUUACUUGGUUGCAGUUUGAAUCAUAUUCGUUCGUUUAUCAUUCCUAAUUUCAUUCAUGUAAAAGCAUUUGUUUAUUUUCAUCCAGCCAAAACAAAGACAGAUAUAUAUUUAUUUAUUUACAGAUUUAUUUUUUAUUCAUCUAAUAUUCUCGGUGUAUUACUGUGACAUUGAAUCAUCAAUAACUGAUAUUGCACAAUAGCUUAUAAAAAGACUGCAGCCGUUCAAAGUGACAAAGCCAGUUUAAGCUGCCACAGACAUGCAAUUAUCCUCGUAUUUCAUCCAAAUAUUUUGUGUACUAAGCCUGGCUGUAACUGCUAGUAGUCAAUAAUAUUGCACAGAACAAAACGAAAGUGACUGCAGCCAUUAUCAUGAUCUACUCGUUAGUCUCCUUGGCAAUUUGAAUUAAACUGGCAACUUCCAAGCUCAUGCAUGUUGAAUGCCGAUUCUUCCUUGAAUUGACUCGGUUCAAUUUUACAGUAAUAGUUUCUGUGCAGCAUUCAUGAAACAUUGCCCUGUAUGUUCGAAGACGAGUGAAGGUCGGCUAAUUUGUAUUUUAUAAAAUCCGGAGAACAAGUAUCCAACACGAACGCAGACGAGGAAUCUUUUCAGUGAAUUCUUUGCAAUUCUAUUCUGUACAAUUUGUGCUUAAAGUUAUGCAAAAGUAUAUCGAUACAGAAAGCAGUAUAUAUUUCUAAAUCUCUAAAACGAACUAGUUCUACUUCUGAGAACAGUUUAUAAGGGAUACUGUACGUGCAGUGUAACAUUCGUAUCCGGCUAUAUUCAGAUAUAAAAAAACGAUGAUACCUUCGUGCAUGUUAAUUAUAUAAAUUGAUACAUCUACGCAAGACUUCAGCGAUCUUACCUCAGUCUCCCGCGAUAGUUUCUGAAAUAUAUCAUCAUUCUGAAACCUCUCGUUCUGGUUUGCAACAACUCGGGGCAUUUUCACGUUAGCGGCAGCGAGCUAGUGUUGCAUGCAAAACUUGGACGCUGCAUUACAAGUCAAAACACUCUUCAGCGAGAGCAGGUAGCAACUGUAAACAUACUGGUACGGGCAAUUGCAUACAUAAGCUAGCGGUGAAGGACAAACUCCUUACGGACUCACGCAAUUUCGAACUUUUAAAACUGCGAGCGUGUAUUCCGCUCUGUAGCUAUUGGUCGCUUUGUCGUCGGCCGUCAUGGGCCCGACUCUGACACGUAAGUGAAUAUUCGAGAGCUUACGAGAUCACUCGACCAUUGUCUCUCGAAUUUCGACGAUACGUAGCGUCACGAUGGCGCUACGAUGGCGCUACGUCAAGACUGGAGUGUUAUUUCAAGUACACUUUUACAAAACAUUUACGGUUUAAAAUCACAAUGGGAUUGUAUAGUCAUUACACGAAAAUAACGCAAGCGUACAGCAUGAUCGAGUGCAUGUUUCCUGCUUGCACACGCAAAAUGCAGUAAACGUGCAAGACAGUGAGUGCAUUAUUCGCACUAGCAUGUUCGGUUUCGCCGUUUCGCUAAGCUUUAUCGUGAACAAAUGGUGGUUAUUUGGCAGUUAUAUCAGUAUGGAAAAAUGAUGCCUUUGCUUUGUAUGUGCUAUACAGUAUAGUCUUGUGCUAUACAGUAUAGUCUUAUACAGUUGGAGGUAAAUAAAUAGAAUAAUAGAUUUACUGUAAUUUUUCACUCUUCGUACACUGACCACCAUCAAUCAUCAUGCCAUCGCUUCGGCUGAAAAUUAACGCCAGUUCACGAUAAACAUGCAGGCGACAAGGCUGCAGUUUGAGAUGUUAAUAGUAACUAAUACACUUGCUCAAAAAUAUGUUUUGGUCAACGAUUCUCAUAUUGCCGUUGCCGGUAAAGCUGACAAUAUAAACGUCAGUGUUUUCGGUAGAAAGCGUACUUUGUCUUUGGGCAAUCUUUGCUGCCACAUGGAACGGCCGGAACCCGGGGUAUUAUAAUUGCAACAUUGGUGGACAAUUCCACAAGGCCAGUCUAUAUGAAUUAUGAUUAUUGUCUAUUGUUUUGAAGUUUAUAGUAAAAAAAUUAUCAAAUACCAUCUUUGUUUCAAAAGGUAGUGAUGGUAUACAUACCUUGUAUUUAUUUAUUUAUUGCUAUUCUGUAUUCUUCCAAUCUUGUUAUUUGUAUUGUUGAAAAGUGGCAGUGUGUUAAUAAAUACGAGCACAGGCUUAUCAUACAUGCAUAUUUAUCUAACUCUAACUAACCCUCUAUAUUUGUUUCCGGAAAAAACAGUGGUGUUAAUUGGAUAAAUAUAUCACUGGAGUUUUCAGUACGGAUCGAGAGCUAGUUGUCAAACAAGUGAGCAUGACGGUGGUGUUUUUAACGAAACAAACAGAGUUGUUUGAAGGAUACAACCAUACGGGCUGCUUUUGAGUUAAGUGUUUUUAAUAAAGUUUAAAUCUUUCUCAAUUUUAUAUACGUUUAAAUUACCUCAACAAAUACACAUAUUACAUCGUAUACACAAAACUAAAUUCUGUCCUUUUAUUUACUUAGUUAUUUCACAAGAAAUGUUGAUGGAAAUUAACCUUACGUGAAAAACUGAUAUUGGCAAUACUUUGGCGUUUCGCCGAGCGAAUGCCUUCGUCUUGGAGUCCGAGUACUCUUUUCUCACUCGUCCCCAGUGCUCGUCCCUUUCACGGCUGUAACUAAGUGAGGGAGUAAUGACGAUUGUCAAUGGAUACUAGGAAUAUUAGGGUGGGAGCGAACACCGAACGCGACGGAUGGGCGACGAGCGCGCAAGGUGUGGACGCAAAUAGUAUCAGUUUGGGUUGGGAUUUUAGUGCAAGUACAAUAUUAUAUUCAACGCCUACAUAAACUGGAACACGGUACUUACCGUCGAUAUCGUCCGGGGGUAGUUAUUACCUUGCAUAUUUGGCUGUUUUUUUAUUCGAGUUUCCGUCGAAGCAGGAUUCAUCUGUGAACAUGGAAUGCAAAAUGCGGUUGACCGCACUAUGUGGCGGUACAUGAUCUCGUGAUUAUUUUACAAAGUGCUUGGUGAUGAUGUUUGUUUGCUCUUUUGGUUCGUUUUCCAAGACCAAGUCAGAAGUGGUUAUUGAGGACUAUGAGUCUUUGUGUCUUGAGAAGAACUAAUUUUAUCUAUUAGUUAUAGCUAUGUAUACGACGUCUCUUCAAUCCAAUAAUUAGAAAAUGUUCAAGUCAUCGUGCGGUAUGUCGAGUGUUUUAAUAGAGUUUUUCUAGACCACCACAAAUAUAAUGAAUCGUUAGGGAUUGUCACUCUUGGGAGUUUGCAGUUGUGAAAAUGCCCCGUGUUGUAGAGAAUCAACGAGCUAAAUUUGAAACAGAUCCCGUGUUGCGACAGUUACAAGAAGAUUCCGAGGUUGGUGCAAUCGCGAUCUAUAAAAUUGUAGUUCAUAAACUUAUAUAGUAUAGUCUAAGUUUAGCUUGGGUUCUUCGUAACUGAUUUUCCUUAUUUCAUGCCGUGUUGUCUGCCGUUGAACCGGGCGUAAUAAGCACAUUAUACAAGAAAAGAAUUAAUUGGUCUUAUGUUACAUUCUAUCGCCAUCAACUAUUUUACUUUUUAGUUACAAAUUUGCUAUAUCAGUAUUAUAGUGAUUCGAUUUCUUUUGUAAUUGCAACUUUGUUGAAUUCGUAUAAAACUACCGAAAUUGCGGAAUGACUAAAAUAAGAGCAAUUAUAAGCAUAAUCAUAGGAAAUGUCGAGAGCAUGCAGAUUUUGUUUAUAGCAGGCAUAUUUGUAUUAUUAGUAAUUCAAUGAUCAUUCUGAAUAUUCAAAUUUAAAUGCAUACCUACAUAUUUCUAUUGAGCAAUCAAGCCUAAAAUUUGGCUAAGUCUAGUCUACUUACUUCCGUACAAGAUCCUUGCAGAACAAAUUAAAGACAUUACAUGAUGCUCCAUAAACGUUUUUAAAAUUAAACCAGCUUGCGUAAAAUGUCAUCUGUGUUCUCCCUUGUUUAUUAAUCGUUUUGUAAAAAUGUGUUGUCACACUGUCGUUAAUUUGUAAACUAUUAAUCUUAAAAUAUACUGUUGGCAAAGUAUCUUUCUCUCACACUCUCCCGGAAAUGAUUUCGUUCUCUAGUGAACAGAGUUUGGAACAACUUGUACAAAGCUGAAAGAAAAUUUUGGGUAGUAGGAACAAUUUUAAAAUUUUGGCGCUUAAAUCAUUCAUAUAGUUUUGUCUUUUAGAUCAGAUACAUAGAUCAUUGUGACUGCAGUUUGGAAGAGAGACGAGUUCGUUUUCGUACAGAAUGCCACGAAGGGAGCAGUAAAAUUGUAAGUACACUCACAAAUAUAUAGUCGGCAUGAAUAUCAUCUCUGAAAACAUUUCCAUCACCACAUUAUAUUUAGCCUGGUAAAUAUAAUGUAUUAUUUUUAGGCUACACUAUCAAAGUUUCUGUGAUCACAAUAGGAAUUUUGCAUAAGUAUAAAUUCUAAGUUUUGAAGGAUUUGUAAGAAAUGUUUGAGGGAACUCGGUUCAGUGUUUAACAUUAGGAUUUAGGUCUAUUUGCUCAAACAUUUCACAAACCUUCAAAAUUUAGAAUUAUCUAUGCAAAUUUCCUAUUGUGAUCAAUUCUGCUUAUAUAUAUAUACAUAUCACUUUUUAGGUAGUUGUAUCUCUCCGUCAAUCCGUAGCUGUCUGUAAUAAUGUUUUCGCUUUUUAUUAGUAUUUUAUAAAACGUCUUUUCUUUUUAUAUAAGACUCUGUUAAUAUUAAAGUUGAAAUACAUAUAUAAUGCAUUAAUGGCUUUCUGUUCCAUAGCUUGAUCAACUGACAAGGCUUAAUAACAUGUUUAACUUUAUUGUAUAUUUUAUGCAGAGGCAUCCUUUAAGGCUAUGGUUAACUGCAGUCAUGCAAAGUUAGACUUGUGGUCUGACACUGCACUAUAUUUCUGAACAUGAAAGUCUUCUUUGAUACUUUUGAAUUUAAUUGCAAAGCGUGCAAUAUAUAUUGUUAUUAAUUAUUAUAACUUGUUCUCUUUCAGUUUUUGAAUAGAAAGUGAAAUUAGAACCUUUUUAAAGUUCUCUCUUAAAUUCUAAAUAUAAGUUUCAUUCAGUUCUAAUUGGAAUGAGAAACAUCUCAAAUUUUAAAGUAGACAAUUGGCUAAAGAUGCAUGAAUUUUAAAAACUGUUAUGAUUUAUGGAUUGUUUAAUUAAUGAACUAAAAUCCACCUUUUACGACAUUCUUCAGGGUUUUAUUGGCAAUGGAGUGCACUUGCUCCUGUCCUUUCCAAAAGUUGCUGGUAGUCGCUAUACUUCAUCAGAAUUUGUUGAUUUCAGUUGUGAGAUGGGAAAAGUAGGUCUACGACUAUUGUUUGUCUUUAAUUUUAUUAUAUGGAGUAAAAUACAUAAGGUAUAGCAAUUAUGUAGGGUUGGGCUUGCUGGCAUUCGUAUGCUUCUACAGGAAAUUGUUUUGGCAUGAACCAAUGGACGCCUUAUAAAACAUCGUUUUUAGUUGCCAAAAGUGCGAGAUCAAACAAUACCAAUGGACACGACAUUGAUAUUCUGCUCAGUACAUCACUACAUCACCAAUAUAUAAACGAAAUAAUAUGUAGAUUGUAUAGUCACGCAUAUAAAAAAGUUUUGAAUCUCUGGCUGUGAAAUAUACAACGACAUUUGCGGUUUCAAUGUGGUUGACCACGUUUACUGAGUGACAAAGAGUUGAUCUCCAUAAUUAGAAAAGGUUUUUAACUUGCCAUGGGGCUUUCCGUUUCAUUUUUUCGUGGUUAACCAUUGCUGACGUAAAUCCUGUGUGAAGAUUUGUAUAAGAAAGAUAUUUGCUACAAUUUUAGAGUACGUUGUCGUUGCUGGGUUAUUUUUAGUCGAUAAUCAAACGGUAAUAUGGCAAAUAUUUCAUCAGUGUUCGAUAAUUUGUUACUGUUUUACAUUUUCGAAAUUUGUUUGGUCAAAUUAAGUAUCUUUCCGAUCAAAUUUUGUGACCACGUGUAAACCGCGACUCUUUCAAAAACAAAAAAUUUAUAAUAAGUCUUUGUAUAUAGUGUAUAUAUAGAAUAACUUAAUAAAUAAAGUUAUAAAGAUAAGAGAGGCAUUUUCUGUCUGAUAAUAAUCUAUACUAUCUUGAUAUGUCUUAAUAUUUUAACAAGACUUUUAUAUACAUGCUAUUUAUUUAGGUUUAUAUACAAUGUCCAUUGAUAUUUAACGGAGUUUGUGUGAAAUUUUUCGGCUGUUUGGUUCUUCAGACCUUAGCUGGUAUUGGUCAUUUAGAAUUUGAUGAAACGCAAGCACAGGUAUUUUUUAGUGUCUAAGAUAAACUGUUGAAUGAUAUUAUAUAGUCGCUGGUUAUUCCCAACAGCCCUUAUAAUUCACACGUCCACUGACUAAAAAAAAUUCUCUCAAAUCCAAUAUAAAAUAUUUAUACGGUAGACGUGCAGUGGACGUGCAGAAGCAGGGGCGUAGGAGCCCCUGAAAAGAAACAAAAGUGUAGUUUUUGUGAUGAAAAGUGUCCUUUUUGUACAAGCUAGUGUCGCUGUAAACACUAAAUUAACAUCAAAGGUGCCCUUUUUGUUUGGAAAUUGGAUGUUUUUAAAAACAAUUUGGUCAAAAACGUACAAUUUCGGUAUAGUAUGGCGAGGAAAUUUUUCUUCCCCACCCCCCGUCGCCAACAUUUCUGGGAAAAAUUUGUUAGGUGCCCUUUUCAAUAUCCAAAAGUGCCCCCCCCCCCAAUGUUUUGAUGCUUCCUACGCCCCUGUGCAGAAGCUUAUUCUGGAUCACUCUAUCAGUUCCGUUGGAUCUUGAGAUAUAGCAAAGGGUCAUCUUUUAUUGACCUAGUGUUGCUACGUACAGGAGGAAAACUAGAUUAAACUAUAACAAAACUUUAUUUAUACUAGAUAUAGUUCUAACGGUUAAUUCUAAACUGUUUUCCCUAUAGAGGUUCAGUAGGGGUCAUCUCUUGUUGAUCCAGUGUUGCUACAGGAGGAAACCUAGACUAAACUAAAUAUAACUUUAUUCAUACUGGAUAAUUCUAUCGAUUCUAAACUGUUCUCCCUUUAGAAGUCCAAUAAGGGCCAUCCCCGGCAUUGAUCCAGUGUUACAGGAGGAAGCCUGAACCUAACUUUAUUUACACUGGGCAGCUCUAUCAGUUCCACACUCAGGUUCUUUCUAGAGGUCUACGUAUAAAACGUACGAGGUUCAUGUUCGUAGAGUGAAACCAUGUGUUCAUUUUUCAAUUAUAGGUUGAACAUGAUCUCAGGGUGGAAACAUUAAAGAAUUUAUCUGCUCCAGAAUAGAAACUUCUCGCGACUCUAAUAACGGGCUGGUAUUUGUCACACCGUUCAAGAAGUCGUCAGUAGAAAGAUUUAGAUUGGUGGAACGCGAAUCCAAUAAUUCGACGAAUCUCGAAGUAAAAAUUACAGUAGUUACAAACGUAUGAGGAGAUAAUUCCUGGAACAACAAUAAACACAGGCACUAAAGCCCCGUUUAGACUACACACGUAAAAACUCGCGCAAGUUGUUUAAGAUCUGCAAACAAGUUGCAACCGAAAGUUGUUGUCAAGUCGAUAUAUUAUAGAAUGUUGUGACAAAUCUGGAACAAGUUGUUAUCACCGCCUUGUUACAAGGUUGAUGACGGUAACAGAUUUGCUACACGAGGGAU